AUGUCUUUAUCGCAGGAUUCGACCGUAGUUUUCAGCGUCGUUACAGACGCCAGCCGAACAGACGAAGGAUCAAGGAGAGUGUUGCUGGAAAAGACGGGCGUUUGGAACCAAAGGGUCGAGCACCCAAAUCGAUUGAGCAGCCUAUUCUCAUUGAGUAGACAGCCCUGGGCAGAUUGCAGGAAGGCACUGAGAUGUGCACAAUACCAGGGGAUUCCCACUGAAGCAAGUUAG